CUCGGACAUUGAUUUGUGUUAUUGAACAAACACUUGAAUCCUCAACUGUACUCCAUAGAAUGGUCAGCAUGAAGGGCUUGCUCGUUCUCAUUUUGUUUGCCAGCGUCGUUUGCGUCUACUCGCAUCACCAUCAUUUGGAGGAGAAAAAUUUGACGGACGAGCAGAGGAAGAAGAUACGAGACGAAGUAGAGGAAUGCAUAACAGAGUCCAAAGUCGAUAAGAAACUAUUGGAUGACAUCAAGGAUGGCAAAGACUUUACACCGACUCGUGAGCUCGAUUGUUUCUCGGCCUGCGUUCUCAAGAAAAAUGGAGUGAUGAAGGAGGAUGGUACCAUCGACCAGGACAAGCCGAGUACAAACGACAAGGUCAAGGAGUGCAGGAAACUGGCUGGCGCAGACGCUUGCGAGACCGGAGGCAAAGUCAUGGAAUGUUUUGCAAAGAACAACCUCAUUCCGAAAUUUUAGGAAGAAUACGAUCGAGCGAUCAUUAUACUUUUGCCAUUUUUUUUAUUUUUAUUUUCAACAUCCAGGUCAAACUAUUUUUGUAAGUGCGUACAAAGUUGGUAACUAAAAUUCGACGAAAGUAAAAUAAGAUUUCCAAAGAAUCGCUUUGUCCGUACAAACCCUUUUAUCAAUACAUACAGAUUGUUGUUGGUUAAUUAAAAAAAAAAAAAAAAAAAAAAAAAAAAAAAAAAAAAAA